CAUCACCCGAACGCCCUCGGUCUCCACCGACCUGCGCGGGUUAGCUCCGUGCCAUGGGCGCUGGUGGAUCGGUGGUCGAGGGGCAAUUGGUCGAGUCGGGCGAUGAGAAUGACACCGUCGAGCUGUGCCAGGACCGGGACCCUGGCGACGGUGCACCGCCGGGAUCCAACGGGCGAACCUUGUGCAGAGACUUCGCCAAGGGCAACUGCAAGUACGGCGAUCGCUGUCGCUACUCGCACGAGAACGGGGGAAGCCCCGCGAGCCCGAGCGAGGGCACGCGGCCGUGCCGACAGUUCUUAAAAGGCGAAUGCAAGUAUGGCGAGCGCUGCCGCUACUCGCACGAUCCGGGCGGCGCGCCCGGGGACCGGAGCCACGUGCCCUGCCGGCAGUUCGCCAAGGGCUUUUGCGCCUAUGGCGAUCGAUGCAGGUAUGGCCAUGAUGGGCAGACACCACGAGGCGCCGUGCCGCCGCCGAUGCCCAGCGUCACCGAGGAGGAGAAGCGAGAAGUUCUCAGCUUCGAGGAUGCCGUGGCCAUGUUGGACCUGGCUUAUGAAGAUAGCACUCAGAGGCUUUCCGCCUUGGAGGGAACGCGCGUGGGCUUGACCAAUGAGGUCCAAGCCAUGGAACCCGAGGAGCGCACGAAAAGCCUGGGGACCAUUUGGCAGUAUGCCGGGAGAGGUGGCAAAGGCCGAGGAAGGACAGACCGCUGGCACGAGUUCAGUGCGAAUGACAGCGCUCAAGUCGAAGAGGGCUACCAGAGAUGGGUGGCCGCUGGCCAGCCGAAGGGGAAGGACGCGCCCGAGCGCCGUGCGGAGGUUCAUUUGGAAGGGGGGAUGGACAUUUCCGUGGACUUCCAUCUGGGCACGCAGAUGACCGUCGGCAAACAUGCCCUUCGCCGGGUGCAGCGUAAGGAGUUGCCUUCCAAGGCCCAGCAGAGUUGCCUGCCGUUCUUUGAGAAUGUGUUGAGCAUCGUGGGUGAUGUGUGUGGAAAGCUGGAAGAAGUCUCCGGUCAGAUGCACGCCAUGGACAUCGAGGAGUCGCAAGUUCAACAGCUCCAGAGCCGAUCCAAGAACUGUAUCGAGGCCUUACGUGUCUCCAUCACCAGCUUCGUGGAAUUGUCCCUCUUCUGCGGGGCGAACGAGCAGAUGGAGAAGUUGGAAGCCGUGCUGGGUGAGAAGAACGCGGCCUCCUUGGGCGUGUCGGCCGGCGGGCGAGACAUGCGGAUGCAAACGGUGCUCAAGGCCGUCAAGGAGGCCUUCCAGAUCCGUGCGUAUGGGAAGGCCCUCACCGACGGACAGAGUCCUUGGAGCCACAUCAGGCUGCUGGUUCCUUCGGGGAAGCGGUUCUAUGAGAAGAUCAUGAUCCAAUUGCGGUUAACGAUGGUGAAGUAUCGCAGUGAGAGCUUGGAGAUCAAGCGGCGGCAUGCCUUCAUGUUGGCCGGCACCUUGCUGAACGAGUACAGUGACGAGGAUUUUCAGCGGCGCUUCCGAGGGGAGCUCAAAAAGCUGUUCCAGGAGGGCCUCAGCGAAGCUUUACGGAACAACAUGAGCUUUGGAACCAUCAAGGCGAUCCUCUUCGCCGCGCGCGCCAUGCAAUUGGGCGAAUGGAAGAAGGACUUUGCGCCCAAGGUGAGCCAAUGGCUGAAGCAACGGCUGAACAGCGCCUUGCACUCGCAGCAGCCGCUGCAGACCAGUGUGGAGCUGGUGCAAUCCGCCAAGGACUUCCCUGAUGUGGACGGCACGGCGGUGGUGAAGUCCUUACAGGGGCCCUUGGUGAAGAAGUGCCACACGGCAAUCAUGUCCAAGAGCAUCACGCCUGAGAGGGUGAACCAAGUGGGUCUCUUCCAAAAGAUCCUCGGGCCCUCCUUUGACGAGGAUCUCUUUGGCGCUUUGAAGCCGAACUAUGAAGAGCACCGGGCGAUGAUCACAGAGUGGUUGGUGGCCUAUUGCGAGCAUACCGGUGUUGACUUACCGCCCUACUGCAUGAACGCCAACCAGAAGGAGGCCUUCGACCAACUGCGACAGGCCAUCGAGGCCGCUGACAUUGAAGAGCUGAAGAAAGCGGUCAUCUCUGCUAAGACUGUGCCAGAUCUCAAGAGCCACGAGGAGUUGAGCGAGGAGUUCCGCAAGGCGCUGGACAUCUUGAAAGAGAAGGCGCAUCUGCCGCCAGGCUGGAAUUUGGAAGACCUUCUGGGGACCGAGAAGAUGUUCAGGAAGGCGCCGGUGAACAGUGAUCGAGCUUUGCAGCUUUUCCAAGCGUUGAUGACCUCUACCCAUCAGAAGCGCUGGACGCGCGACCGGAAGACGCGGGGCGAUGGAGAGAAGAUCGCGGACAGCUUCGAGGUGACGCGGGUGACCGAAGUUCAGAAUCAGGCGUCCUGGGAGAACUACCACCGCCGGAGAGAGGAGAUCGUGAAGGAUUGCAAUCCUCCGGACCGCGAUCCGUAUGCACCCUUGUCACAAGAGCAGUGGCAGGAGUGGAGCGGUCGCGUCAUGACGGAAGCCUUGGGCCAUGAAAUCGCCAACGCCUGUCGAUUGUCGCCCUUGGAUUCUCGUUGCAACGAGUUCCUCUUCUUCCACGGCGUAAAGCCACAGGUGGCGGAUCUCAUCGCAGAGAACCACUCCGACAUCUCCUUCGCCUCAAAGGAUGGCAUGUUUGGCGCGGGCCUCUACUUCGCAGAAGCUUCUUCGAAGUCGGAUGAGUACUGCCAACCCAAUGAACACGAUGAGUAUCCCAUCAUCAUCGUGAGAGUCAUCCUGGGACGUCCCAACUACAUCGACGCCCCGAAGCCCUUCGACGAUCCAGGCCGACGGGCCUUGGAGCACAGCUGCAUGAGCGGCUCAUACCAUUCGGUGAUUGGCGAUCGGAUCAAGGUCUCCAACACCUAUCGGGAGAUGGUCGUCUAUGAUCACUUCCAGGCCUAUCCUCACUUUAUCUUAUGGUAUCAGCGCAAGUGAGGACAAAGCAUCUCGCUUGCAUCAGCAACCUCAGUAGCCGCGUGUGAGCCGUUCAGGGAAGGGCGAUUUCACCCUCCAGAUAUCAUCCUUGUUCCAAGGAGUGGC